AUGGACGAUCGCCGCUCGAAACGCUCUCGUUUUGAUCAGACCGAGCCGGAAGUGCGACGCCCGUCGCGCUUCGACCGCCGCUCUCGGUCUCCCUCGUCGCGACAGUCCGAAUCGACUCGAGCUCGCAGCCCUCUCAGUCGUGAGCCUCGGAGCCCUAGCGCAGACCCUGCGAAGAAGACCGAUCCCGCUGCCGCCGCUGCUGCCGCUGCGGCAAAGAUCAACGCCCAGUUGCAAGCGAAGAAGGGCAUUCAACAUGUCGACGUCCCUCCAAUUCGCUCGACCGCAAGCCCCGUACCAACAUCCGGCUCACCUGCCAGCGGCGACGCAUCUGGAAAGUUGAACGCAGAGAUCUACGUUGCUGAUGGAGACUAUAUCAAGGAUAUUGAGAUUAAUGACUUGCGCAACCGUUACACGCUGACCAAAGGCUCUACUCAGAAGAUGAUCAAAGAAGAAACUGGCGCCGAUGUCACUACGAGAGGAAACUAUUAUCCCGAUAAGAGCAUGGCCACCGCCGCGAACCCCCCGCUCUAUCUCCACGUAACGAGCACAAACAAGGAAGGCCUCGAAAAGGCCGUCGCCUUGAUCGACGAUCUCAUGAAGAAGGAACUCCCCAACCUGGUUGAUGAGCGCCGGUUCCGUCGUCGCGAACCCGAGCAAGUAGAGCGUGAUGAGUACGGUCGUCGUAAAUGGCCCGAGGAGCGCAUCCCUGUCGAUCUCGAACCGAUCCCUGGCUUCAACCUUCGCGCUCAAGUCGUCGGACAGGGCGGUGCCUACGUGAAGCACAUCCAGCAGAAGACUCGCUGCAAGGUUCAAAUCAAAGGCCGUGGCUCUGGUUUCAUGGAGCCCAGUACUGGCAGGGAAAGCGAUGAGCCGAUGUUCCUGCACGUAGCUGGUCCCGACCCGAAUGAUGUCCAGAGUGCAAAGGCCCUGUGUGAGGAUCUACUAGCCAACGUCCGCGAACAGUACCAGCGUUUCAAGGAGAACCCGCCCCAGCACAGCUACGGCGGUUAUGGCGGCCAGCGCGGAGACCGCUAUCACUAUGGCGGAGGUUACGGCGGUGGUGGUGGCGGCGGCGGCGGAUAUGGUAGCAACCAUCACCAGAACUCGCCAUCUACCUCUGCCAGCCCGUCGACCCAAGCCGCAGGUGCUGCUGGCGGUUCGGGAACCGGAACUCCCGACUACAGUGCCCAGUAUGCUCAAUACUACGGAACCGACCCAUAUGCUGCCUACGGCGGUUACCAGAAUUACCUUGCCUACUACCAGUACUACCAGGCGGCUGCUCAGCAGCAGCAGCAACAGCAACAGCAACAGUCCCAGAGCCCCGCUCCGCCGCCGCCGCCUCCCGCCAGCGAGGCUCCCCCUCCUCCCCCUCCGGGAUCGGGCUCUCCGCCACCUCCUCCGCCCGGCGGUAGCUAUAGUGCUGUAAGUACAAUCCGUCGACUUAAUGUUCUGUGGCCAAGCCUAAGUAUUAACUGCUUUGUUCGAUUUAGGUCCCUCCCCCUCCAGGACUGUGAGGUGAUGCUUGGGAAGCUGCCAUAG